AUCCCAUGGACUGACUUGUUUGUUGUCGAGCAAGAUGGAGUUCCUUUUGGGAAAUCCUUACAGUACCCCUGUGGGGCAUUGCAUUGAGAGAGCUACUGAUGGCUCUCUGCAAAAUGAAGACUGGACCCUUAAUAUGGAAAUAUGUGACAUCAUCAAUGAAACAGAGGAUGGGCCAAAAGAUGCCAUUAGAGCAGUGAAGAAGAGGUUGAAUGGCAACAGGAACUAUCGGGAAGUGAUGUUGACUUUAACGGUCCUGGAAACGGGUGUGAAGAACUGCGGCCAUCGUUUUCAUGCAUUGAUCACUAGCAGGGACUUUGUGGAUGGCGUUCUAGUUAAAAUAAUCUCCCCUAAAAACAACCCGCCUACAAUCGUACAAGACAAAGUACUCGCGCUGAUUCAGGUAAGAUAACGCUUAGGUGGCUUGUGUGUAAGGUAGGUUGGUUGCCUU